AUGGUUCACAAAGCUUCCACGUUGCACGUCCUCCAUAACUCCACAUAUACUCUGAAUUAUCGCUUCGAACGCCAUUCUGAAGCACACGGCAUCUUCGACUUCUCCUACACCCUGGAACCCUUGAAUGCUCUGCCACAGUCUUCUCCAGUCGCCUUGGCCUCCGGACACAUCAUUCUGCGGGACUAUCUAGGCGCCUCGCGCAAGUGGUAUACGGAAAUGGAUAUUCCCUCUCAGGAGACCGCGGAGCUUUCUCUCCUCUUCGAUGCUCGCGCGCGCCUCCUUGACGAGUACAUCUCUAAUCGGUACUUGCGAGGAUCCGGAGUCUGGGGUCACGAACUCAGUGAGGGAAGUAUCUUGCUUGUGACAGACCUCAGUGUUGAGGAGCCGUACCGGGGACGCGGUAUUGGGAGUUGGUUGCUCCGCCACGUUCUAUCGGAACCUGCCAUCACCCGCCCGCCGGCCACUCACCGGAGGUGGCUACACCCCCCUCCCGCGAAAUGCGAGUUCGCUAUAGCUUGGCCUGCCGGGAUAGGAGGAGCCAGUACGUCUCCCGAACAGCACCGCAAGCAAUCGGAUGUUGCGGUUCGCACUUUCCAUACAGUCGGCUUCAGGCGCAUCGGUCGUUCUGUUUUCUUUGCACGAGCCUUGAAAGAUACUUUGCACCCGUCUCUUUCUCUAGAAGCGCACGAGGAUGCUAGUGAAAUAUCGCGGCCGGAAUUGUCACGCCCGCUCCCUGCGCUAUCACCAUUCAUGCGUACGCUCGUACAAGCGGAUUGGCCGGAGAACGCCAGGCGCCUCCCCUUGCAUGCUAUGAUAGUCUCGGACGACUGUAGCGAUAGUCGCAUUGUGGAUGCACUAUCACAGCUCACCACUCCCAAUGAGCUUGCACACAUCUGCCUCGCCGACCCCGUCGCCAUGAACGCAACACCGCUGCACCUUGCGGCCAUGAGAAGCAGAGCGUCGGUCGUGAUAAAAUUGUUGACGAUGAAUGCUCGGGGCAACCUCUUUACAGCUACCGCCCACGGACGCUUGCCUCUGGACUGUCUACAGCAAAAGAUGCGUGAGGAGAGGGUGUUUGCAUCGGCUGUGGGGAUGCAGAAUUGGCCCGGUCAUUCUGCCCUCAGCAUUGAGACGCAGGCUAUACUCUUGGCGGCGAUGGGAAAGCCGGUUCCUAAUGAGGACGCCGCAAGAUGGGGUUGUACUUGCGGGCACUGUGUUAAGGGCUGGUUCUCGCUCCGCAUGCUCUAUCAAGUUAGCGUCCGGGCUGAAGUCGCCAUGGACAUGCUGCAACAUUCUCUGGACCUCACCCCUGCCGAUGAGACGCGAGGUCGUACUCGACUAUACAAGUCGUCAACCUUGGACAAUGUUCAUUUCAUGAAGUACAUACCCGAGCAAAUUUGUGCGCAGGGCGUCCACGCCACAUUCAUCAAGGGGUACGGUGCAGUUCUACGUGCGAUAGCGUCCAUCACAAGGCGGAACAAGAUCCCUACCCUUCAACUUGUCACGAGCCAUGCACUCGACGGCAGGGACGACCACUUCGCCGCGCGCGCCGUGGACUUUUUUCUCAAAAAGGGGGGCAGGGUUGAGCACGCCCUGAAUGGGGUUCUGCAUGCUGCGUCUGAAUUGGGUCCCGGAGGGGACGGAUCGUUCUUGGAGAUCGAGGACUUUGCAGACGACCUGGCAGCCCUGCCGGAUUGCGAGAACGACGAAGAUUAUCCGCUUCUCCGUGCGAACCUUUGCCUUCCAUCCAACUUGAACGGGCCCGCCAGUUCCGCAUGGGCGGACAAAUUCCUAAACCCGGCGGACUUAGAUGAUACGAUGGACACCAGCUCGUCCAGCUCGGGCCAGGGUGUGAGCGAGAGCGAAGACGAGGGCUAUUAG